UUGUUCUUAAGCCUGCAAGCAAACGUAUAGAAGUGGUAGGGUAGGUCGACGUUGAAUUUGGGAUUGUGACAACUGACAAGUCAACAGGUACAACAUCAUCCUCGAACGUAUAUUGCAGGCAACGACCAAACUGCUUGUAACACGUGUCUCUUGUAUAAAUUAUGCACGGCCUUCAAAGAAUAAAAUAUUUAUAAAAUAAAUGGCGUGGAUUUGUAUAGAUUUUGAUACAAAUCCACGAAAGGAGUAGUAUGUUCUGCUCUUGCUUUUAAGAACGUAGUAGUUCAGCAAAUUUAAUUUUAAUUUUUUUCCCAAGAGUAAUCACAUUUAUAUCUCCAAGGAAAACUUCCUAGGAUGUACUAUUGUCUCAAAACACUACAUCAAGCUGAGUAGUUGUGAAUUGUGAUGGCGUGUUCCUCCGUGUUGUGGCUGGAUGUUUUAAAAUGAGAUAAUGACAAAGUAUGUUUAGCCUAAAUUAGCCCUAGAAAAAGUUUCCGGACAAUGAUAUUACACAAUGUCCAGUGUCCAAACUACGAUAAAUUUACCCAGUGUCCAGACAUUUCUUUCACAUUUUUUUCCAGAACUUUGGCCAAGCAGAAAAAUAAUAAGUAUUACUCCUUAAACUGACAAUGCGAUGCGACGACAUAAGAUGAAAAAAAAAAUGCUACCUUGGCAGCUCGUAUAGGCCAAAAGACCAAUGGCAGUAUCGGAUGCAAAUGCAAUGCAACGGAUCAGGACACGGCAUGGGCAUGGGGGCAGUCAACCACCGGCGCAAGCAGUGACGCCACGAAGCCACCCCACUCCACUAUAUUACUACCCUGAUACUCUCCUCUAGCUCAGUACUCGCAGGCUCGCAGCAGCAGCUAAUCAAGCUCGAUCUCUCCAAGAAACUAAGCUACCAACUAGCCAAGCCAUGGCGCCGGCGUUGAAGCUGUACGGGUGGGCGAUGUCGCCGUUCGUGGCGCGCGCGAUGCUGUGCCUGGAGGAGUCCGGCGUGGAGUACGAGCUCGUCCCCAUGAGCCGCGAGGCUGGCGACCACCGCGUCCCCGACUUCCUCUCCAAGAACCCCUUCGGCCAAGUCCCCGUCCUCGAAGACGGCGACCUCACCCUCUUCGAAUCGCGGGCGAUCGCGAGGCACGUGGCGAGGAAGUACAAGCCGGAGCUGCUGAGCGGCGACGGGUCCCCGGCGGCGGCGGCGGCGGUGGACGUGUGGAUGGAGGUGGAGGCGCAGCAGCACAGCGGCGCCGCGGGCGCCAUCGUGUUCCAGUGCAUCCUGGCCGACCUCAUCGGCGCCGGCCGCGACCAGGCCGCCGUCGACGAGAACGCCGCCAAGCUGGGGAAGGUGCUGGACGUGUACGAGGCGCGGCUGUCGGGGACGAGGUACCUCGCGGGCGGCGCCGGCGUCAGCCUCGCCGACCUCAGCCACUUCCCCAUCAUGCGCUACUUCAUGGACACCGAGUACGCGGCCAUGGUGGAGGAGAGGCCGCAUGUGAAGGCCUGGUGGGAGGAGCUCAAGGGGGGGCCGGCGGCGAUCAAGGUGGCCGGGUUCAUGCCCCGGGAUUUCGGGCUCGGGAAGAAGAAGGCGGAGGAGUGAAUUCGAUCGAGAGUUAAUAAACGGGGAUCGAGUAGAGAUUAUACUGCGGAGUACUGUAUUUCUUCAUGCAGCUUCUUUCAAAUUCUCACUGGUACAAUCUGUGUUUUACCUGUUCGAGAAAAUGGGUUUCUCAAAGAAUUGUGUUUCACAUCAGAAUUCGUUCGGACCGGGUUAA